AACAUGAACGAGGUAAAGGAGGCUCUAAGAACCGUAGAACAGCACUACAAGCUCUUCCUGCAGCAGCAGUUCACAUUUAUCGCAGCGCUGCAACACACCCGAGAGAACGCGCACGACACGAUCAGACCCGUGGCGAGCAUCAGCCAGGUCCAGUCCUACAUGGACCAUUACUGUAACAAUUCCACGGACAGGCGCAUCCUCAACAUGUUCCUAAACAUCUGUAAUGACCUCAGCAAGCUCUGCCACAAGCUGGAAGCCGUGCAUCCUGGUAACAGCACAACCAAUGGCAUUUUGGAAAGAUGCAAGCUGCUCCUUAGCCACAGCAAUGAUCUGAGCACCAUCCGAGCUAAGUAUCCCCAUGAUGUUGUGAACCACCUGAGCUGUGAUGAGGCCAAGAAUCAUUACGGAGGGGUGGUGAGCCUCAUCCCCAUCGUCCUAGACUGCAUGAAGGAGUGGCUGUCCCACACGGAGAAGCUGCCGCGGCACGUGCUGCGUAAUGUGAGUGGUAGAAGUGCUCUCUCUGAGAAGAGGGCACCCGAGGAUGAACCGGCUAGGGCAGCCAUUUCCCAAAACCCACCUUCUGUCCACCCUGAAGCUCAGACCUCAAUUAGUAACAAAGAUUGUGUACAAGUGCAGGGGAGUAAGCAUGUCAGAAAGAAGCACCCGAAUGACACAGAAAAUCACAAUGGGAAACUGAAAAGUCCCUGGAAACCACCUGGUAGACAUGCCUUUUAAGGGAUGGAAGUUCAUGCAUCUCCUGCUUUCCACCUUUAAUCAGGUGGCUGAUUAAAAUCAGUGAAAUGAAUACUAGAGGUCCAAGUUCUGAAGAGUCAGUCCUGUCAGCUAGGCUUUGACAGAUACGUAUUCCGCUCUCCCUUGCUGUAAUUUCCUCUCUCCUCCUAAAAGUCAUAUCCCAGCAGCAGGAGCUGUACCCCACACGGUCGCUUUCACAAGCAUUGUGGUGAGAGCAGGGAAUAAUCAGGAGUAAUCAGGUUCUAAUCACAGAUACAAAUCUCAGGCAAGCUACCCAAAGCAGGAUUUUACAGACUUUCUCAGACUUCUUUCUGAGAAAUAGCCACUCACUCUCCAAAGGUGGAGGUGUGAAUAACCAGCAUGUUUGAAGAACAUGAUGCAGAGAAGCAAAAGCCUCUCAAUAAGGACUCAGAAGCGUCUCUGACAUUCACACCGGGCUUAUCACUAAAGUUCCCUCGCCCCAGCUGAUCCCAUUGAAAUUGUCUGGUCUAUGGACCAAAGAAUCAGCGUUUACAGGACCCCAAUGAUGUCUCCUUUGGGCACCAUUGGCUACAGAAAAGGCCAGCAUGCUUUAGCUACACUGACCGGGCUCUGCUAGAUUCUUGCAGGUUCUCUCACACCAUCACCAACCAGCACACACCACGCAGAACAUUUUCCCUUAUGCCUGCUUUGACUCCUUUGCUGUUAGCAGCUAGAGAUAUAAAGGAGGACAGCCUUCAUUUUGCACCUAGUUUGGUGUAUUGACAAUAUCCCAACCUGAAUAAACGCCCCCUUCCUCCCCAGGCCUCUGCAAAGCUAACAGGAAGUCUUUUCCAUUAAAUGUGAUUCGGGGAAUCUAGGGGGAGCAGAGAGAUUGAGCUGUGGCCAUUUUCAGAUGGUUCCUUUUUAAACUGCAAACUAAAAUGUCUUUCCGCUUUUUCAAGAAAAGAAUCUAGCUUAUUUUUCAAGGAUGUGAUGAUGCCUAAUUAAUUAAAACUGGAAGGCAUUUAAAAUAGUCUCGUGCUGCUUUUAUAACAGCACUUUGCAAUUCCAACACAAUGACUUGAUACCAGUGCUGAAAACAGCUUGCUUUCCAGCCUGCUUAGGGAGGGUAAGCAGAGUCGCAGGCUCUCCCCCACUCCCUGCAGCUGAUAUGCACCUUUUGUGGUGCUUUUCUUCAAGCACAGUUAACUACAAACUUAGGA